GCGCGCACACGUGACACUCAAGCUGCAGACUAUAGUUCACGUGACGCGACUCUGCCUAGCUUUUCUUUGGUUUUUGUCAGGGUAGUCGCAGGCGAUGACGUGGGUGCAAAGCGAGCCGCGUUUCAAUUGAAAGGACUUUAAAUAAUUGUCAAAUGCAAAACAAGAAGAAGAUAGAUCACCGCUUUAUUUGAAAGUCAGCCAAGUCAGGUGCACGGAACCACCUGCCCACCAGCGGCAGCAGCUUUCGCUCUAUCAAUCGCUGCAUCUCGACUUUACACUCGUGCACUCUCGAAGACACGACGGGAAAUGAUGAAACUAACAAGAGCUUAUGUUACGCUGUGGCUGUUCACCUGGUUUGCUGAGUUGGGCUUCCUUCAGGCUGUUACUCUUGAAGUGAGGGAGGGGAACGCCACAUGUAUCAAGACUGAACUCACUGCAUUGCUCUCGAUCACGUACAACACAUCCAGCAAUUCGACAUCUGUACAAGUGCCACUUCCCAACACGACCACAGUCGAUGCAGGAAGCAGUUCUUGUGGUGCAGUUGGCAGCAUACCUUCACUGGUGGCAACCUUUGGAUCUGGACACACACUGGGACUGAGCUUCUCAACAAAUGGAAGUUUUUAUAGUGUGGACACAGUAAUGCUGCAGUAUAACCUUAGUGACUCCUCCAUAUUCCCUGACGCCAACAGCUCUGCUGUGGUGACUGUUGUGUCAUCUUCGGUUGGGAUCUGGGCAGCAAUCAACACUACCUACCGUUGUGCGAGUGCCAUUUCUGUUGUAGUCGGGGGACCAGUGGUCACUUUUUCUGAUAUGAGACUUGAAGCCUACAUGCCAGGAAAUGAUCUGAGUCCAGCUGAAACAGAAUGUGCAGCAGACCAACCUAGUACUCCAACUACCACCACUGCCCAUACUCCAGUCACACCAGCACCCACACCACCCGGAACACCUGAACGAGGAACUUACUCCAUUGACAACAGCAAUGGCACUGUUUGCCUAUUAGCUCAAAUGGGAUUACAGCUAAAUUUUUCCUAUGUCUCUCAAUCUCAGAAUAAGACUGUACAAGAAAUCUUUAAUCUCACCCCUAAUUUGACAAGUUCUUCUGGGUCAUGUGAAGUCAAUAGGGCUACCUUGGUUCUGUCUCAGGACGGAACCACAUCACUUAACCUCACCUUUACCCUGAAUGCGACUACCAACAAAUAUCACCUUAACGGGAUAAACAUGCUAGCCAAUUGGUCUGACAUGGCAGCUCCAUUUUUAGCAAGUAACACCAGUCUUGACUACCUUCGGACUACCCUGGGACGCUCCUACAUGUGUAAUGCUGAACAAACUCUGGCUGUAGUGUCAAGCUUCUCUCUCAACACAUUCAGGCUGCAAGUUCAACCUUUUGGAGUGACCACAAAUCAGUUUGCCACAGCGGAGGAAUGUCAGAUGGAUCAAGACCAGAUGCUUAUCCCCAUCAUUGUUGGAGCAGCGCUUGCUGGCCUCGUGCUGAUUGUCCUCAUUGCAUAUCUGAUAGGCCGCAAGAGGAGCCAUGCUGGAUACCAGACCAUCUAAACAGAAUUCAUUGCAGGGCAACAUGAUAGAUUAAGUGUGAAGUGGAAGGCUGUGGUGGCAAUGCAAGACUGCAGACAAGCAUUCGCCAAUUGAAAGAAGUAUUGCUACAUCUGCAUUUUUCAUAACAUUGGGAUACUGCUUUUUGUUUUGCAGUGGGGUGGGGUGAAAGACAAUGCAACUUGAUUUGCAUCAAGACUGAGUCCUAGGGUAGAAGCUGAAUGUUUGACAUUUUGGGGAUAUUUUUAUCUUUUUGAAGUUGAUAUAUUUGUGUGAAUGUAUUUGUAUUUAGUGUAAAUUAUUUAAAAAUCAGAUUUCUUUUCCCGCUUUUAGAGACUGAUAAUAUAAUGAACAGGAGGACAGAGAUAUAUUUUUGACUGAUAGAAUUUCUCCUUUUUUGUAUGAAGAAUUAAUGUCUCCCAUCGGAAAGUGGUGAUCCCCAAGUUGGCAUACGCUCCGAUGUUUUCCCACCUAUUCAUGGGCUUUUCAGUGAAGAGCGAUGUCCUGCACUGCCUUUUGAUUCUAAAUAUGUCUGGUCAUGCUACAAUGUGCUCAAACUAUUAAGUCUGCCACAUAGGUUAAUUUUCUAUUGCUGUUACCCUCAACAAUUGCAUAGUGUAAAAAACUAUAAUUUUUUUUUGUAGAAAAUGAGCUGAUGUCUGCAUUGUGCAUUCUACUGAAUAAACAUCUGAUUUGAGUGUA